AUGCGCAUCAAUCAGUCUGUGGCCCUCUACGCUAUCAUCGUCGGCACGUCUCCGUCCAUAUGUGCCCAGAAUUACGAACGGCGGACGGUAAACCCCGACCAUGAUGCGGCAAAGGUCAAUGCCCAUCGGAUAUUCAACGCCAUCCACUCAGCAGGGAGGCAAUGGGGCUCUUCAAUCAACCACAACGGCCUGAGCUUCUUUCCAGCGGUGGUGCCCCGGGGAACGCUCAUGUACCACGGCUCCGAAGCCAACACCACUCCGCCUGGCUUCGAGUGGCUUGCCUUUGAGGUUGAGCACGCAGAGGCAUUUGCCUUGUAUCUGGGUCUGCGUGGAAAGGAGCAGAGCCAGGAUUCCUCGGAAAAUGUGCUGCAGAAGCCGAUCAGCGCCACGCGCGCAAGGCCAAAAUCGCCCUCGAACAUACGCGGCUACUUUCACACCUACAGAGCAAACAGAGACGUGAAUCUGGUCUACGUCGAUGGAAUGAGCGCCGGCAAGACCCGCAUGGGCACGCUCGACUCCCAAGACCUUGUCCUGCGUGAGAACAAGACGGGCGAUGUUUGGGACGGCUUCAUGGACGAACUACAGCGUGCCCGCAGCAUUUGUGACCUGAUCAAGGAGUGGGGUUACGAUGGCUUCAUGCGCAUGGAGAUUGGAUUCGAGGUGGUGUAUUGCGACUUUGACGCCGGCCUCGACCUCGUCUCGAUCAAGCGCACUGUCCUGCGCAAGGACAAGAAGGAGGAAGAAUUGAUGAACCCUUUUGAAUGGGCGCGGGCUGUAACAGAGCGAUACGAUGGUGUAGGAGGCGACCGGAUUCGAAUCGAUUUCUCUUCCAUGGUGUCGGCCUUUUGGUUCCCCGUCAACAUUUCCAACCCUGAUCCGGCACGACCAGACCUCCCUCGACUCGCGGCGGCCAGCCCUGACGAGUGGACGGACAUCAAGGCUCAUGUGCGCAAGGUCUUUGUCGAGCCGAGACGGUAUACCGUCAACUGGCAGGCUGUCGUGGAUAUGAUUGUAACCCGAUUCUCCAACCGCUUCUCACUCAUGGUGUCGCAGGACUUGGCGCCUUCGCGGUUCGUCAACGAGCUCAAUGUCGCCUCUUUAACCUACUUCGAUGCACCUCCGCUGCCGGACGACGCCCCAGUGAUCGAGCAAGACAUUCGAAAUCGCACUCUCGAGGCCAUCGAGGCGUGCACGGAACACUACCUCUUGCCGACAUAUCUAGACCGUGGCGAGUGGAGCCUCGAAGACAAUCUCAUUCAUACGGCACUCAAGACGGUCAUGUCCCGUAUAUGCCGAGGGUUAUAUGCUAUGCGCGCGGCUAUAGGCGAAGAGGCUCUGAACUCGAAGUUGUCGGCAGCAACUACCGACCCUGAGGAUCUAGAACGAGCUGUGGAGAAAUGCCGCAGAAUUCUCGUAGACCUGCGCAGCGAUCUUGCCUGGACGACAUGGAAGAGACUGCAGGUGUGCCCGGCGGACGAGAUUCUGCUCAUGGUAAUGUGGCCGCUAGGGAGUUCUGAGGACUACUGGAGUCCUGGUUGCCGCUCUGUCGGCGAUGUCACGCUGGGACGACGAGACUACUGGUGGCCCGAUCACGAGGGCCACGCACGAUGA